AUGCAUGUGUCCCCCCACGAAGCUGGUCGCCACAUCCCGUUGCAAUUCCACGAGGGGCGGAUCGGCGGUGCCCCGGUUGCGUCACCUUUUGUUUAUCUCCCCUGCAUUUUGCUUCUUCGCCGUCUGCAUCCACACACACACACACUCUCUCUUCCACACACUCACCCCUCCGUUCUCACAACUCACUCCGCUCACCGUCACCUACCUACCGCCUCUCACCACGCCCUUCUUCUGCACCACAACACAGCAAGCCCCUUCUCCCCCCCCCCUGCUUGGGACCCAACGUCCCACCUCCUUCGUCUUCCCUCUUCCUCUGGACCGUUGGCUGAAACCAAGCCCGCCAUGACUUUGGGCCUCCUGCCGCUCGAGCUCCAGCUCAUGGUGUUCCAGCAGCUCGACGUCAACGAGGACCGCGCGUCCUUCCUCGCCCUUCUCCGCCUAUCGCCCCUGUGGGAGGCGGCGGCGACAGUACUCUACCGCAACAUCGACAUCAGCGGCGAGAGGCUGUGCAUGCUCCUCGUGCCCGUGUCGGACACCCUACCGCCCAUCAACCGCGAGGUUAUAGCCGACCUGCGACAGCUUGAGGACGUGGUGGACAAGUUCGAGAAGACCGCACCCCAUCUGGCCGAAGAACUUCGCCCACUCUUGGAGCAAGGGCAAGAGAAGUAUCGAAAGCCCGACCGGUUGAGCUCGAGGACCCGCCGCUCGCUGUCAGUUGUCAGGCGCAUCAACCUCAGGAACCUGACACCCGAGUCAGUCGACGCGUUGACCGACUCGGCCUUGCCACACCUCGCCUUGUUCCCCAAAGUGGACACCGUUCACCUGUACAGGACCCCCGAUGGCCCCGACAACAGUCGGUUUUACGACGUGCAUGAACGCUGGCCAUCGGCUCAGACUAUUCUGUUCAACUCCGUCGGAGUUUGCACUUGGGACAUCGACAACACCGUCUCCCUCUCCUUCAAGGAGAUCCGCAGUUUUACUAUCCACUCUGCAGAGCUUUUCAGAACGGCGAUUUCUUGGGGAAGACUUGCGAAGUCUCGUCCUGACCAGUGGGACCAAUGCUCUCCGAUUCACGUGUUCACACGUAGUCCCGGAUAUAAAGACACCUUCCCCAAGCACAAGAAGGACGAAACGCGAAUGCCGCCAGCUCGCGUCUGGGUGGAAGAGUGGGAGGAUGACGAUGGGUCAGACUCGGAUGGCUCAGAUACCUCGAGUGUGGACAUUGUCCCUCGUCUCAUCUCUGUUGGCCAGUGGGACUCCGAUGAGACCUCUGCCCAUCAGUUCCGCACGGGUGGCACAGAGUACGAGCACCCGCCCUGUACCCUCUGCGGCACCAAGGUUGACGCCGAGACGCGCGUCUUUGACGAGCCGUUCACGAGGGCGUGGUAG